AUCUCCCGACCGUUGGAGACCCCCACCCCAACGUUCUUCCCCUCCCCAUCCCCCAUCCCCCGGCCUCCCAUCCCGACACCUUCUUGUUCCCCACUCCCAAUCCCCUCCUCAGGCCACCGCGUCAUCAGAGAGAGAGAGAGAGAGAGAGAGAGAGAGAGAGAGAGUCGAAACCCUAGCUUGAUUCACCAGGCCCUACGCCUAGGAUUCCGCAUCGACCCAUGGCGCCCGACACGGGGACGACGUCGGCGGCGGCGGGGAUGGACGAGGCGUACGAGUUCUCCGCGCCCAGGUUCUUCGACUUCAUCAACGAGGAGACGGAGGAGGCCGUCCGCGCCGCCGAGAGCUGGUUCGAGACCGGCUGCAGCCACGCACCUUCGCCGUUCAAUCCGAGGAUCAAGGAGUCGAGGGCGGAGGUCAAGGUCGCCGUCCUCUGCGAUUUCGCUGACGCCGCUGAGGAGCAGCCGGCCCCAAAGCAGGAAGCCGUGGAAGGGGUAGCAGGAAGCGUCGCCGACCACGCAGCGGUUGAUGGGAAUGCGCAGGAGAAGAAAGACGCUUCAUUCGGAUCUGUCUCUGAAGCAAAUCACGGUGGGAUUUGUGCUACUGCUGAUUCUAGCAGCCAGCAGCAGGAGAAAAGUGCUGCAUGUCCUGAGGCCAUGCCGGAAUCGCCGCCAGUUGAAGAGGAGAAAAAGGAAUCGCCCGAGUCUUUCGAGUUCAUUCCGUCCAGAGACCCGGCUGCAAAAUCAGCAGAUGGUGGUUCCGCCAGCACUCCUAAGAUGCAGAGGCCUCCUCCUCCUAUCGAAGUUUUCCCUGCGAUUUCUGCCUGUGCCAGAUCUAUAGUGAAGACUGAGGCACGUACUCCGAAGACGCAGGCGAACGUGUCCAAAGUAGGUCCUAUGGCUGGCUCGAUGAGCGUCAAGAGGAGUGUGAUCAAGGGCGCUCGUGAUUUGGGGGCUGGAAAGGCAGCUACUGCUGCUACUGAAAUUGCGCAAGAUAACCAGGCCGUGAAGAGGCAGAAGCUUGAUGAUGGAAGGACUAGACAGAUACUGGACGUCAAGACCAGGGUCCUACAUCACAAGGGAAGAGGUGGUAUAGCUGAAAGCACUGGGUUGACACAAUCUUCCAUGAGGAGGGCCCAUGAUGGCGCGCACUCUGCGAAGGAAGUGACCUCAUAUGUUUCGGCUGCGGAAUUGGUUAAGAAGUUCGAGUCAGGGACUAGAGGCAUUCCUCACAACAGAUCACUUUCACAUGAGGAUGCAGCAGCGGGCAGGCCUAAGCUUAUGUUAACAAGGCCAAAGGAACCUGAGCUUCAGACUGCCAACAGAGUCCGAGCAGUCAGAGUGAAGAGCUCUGCAGAGCUAGAGGAAGAGAUGUUGGCCAAGAUCCCCAAGUUCAGGGCACGACCAUUUAACAAAAAGAUUGCUGAAGCUCCUGCAUUCCCUCCGCUUCCACGGAAAACUCCACAGGUUCCCAAAUUCAAUGUGUUCCAUCUUAAAACGAUGGAGAGAGCAACUCGACACGCGGACACCUGCUCAGAAGCUUCUUCUGUGGGUACCAUCCGGAAUCAGAGUAAGUCGCUGAAAUUGACAGAACCGAAACCACCACAGCUUCACACAGCAAUGAGAGCUCGGCCGCCAAGCGUGAAAAGUUCUCAGGAGCUGGAAUUGGAGGAACUGGAGAAGGCCCCCAAGUUCAAGGCCAAGCCACUGAACAAAAAGAUUCUUGAGAGCAAGGGAGAUGUUGGUGUGUUUGCCCAUCCAAAGCCUCCGGUCACAGCUCCCAAAGAGUUCCAUUUUUCAACCGAUUAUCGCCUGGGCCCUCCUUCAGUUGCUGAUUCAUUUGAUAAGCUUUCUCUUUACUCUGAAUCCUCUUCACACAACGACAGGAAAGAUGUGCCUAGACUCACCGUACCAAACCCUUUCAAUCUACAUACAGAGGAAAGAGGUCAUUUAAAAGAGAGGCAGCUAGCUGCACAGCUCUUACAGAAGCAGAUGGAGGAGGAAAAAGCUAGGGUUCACAAAGCUAAGCCGUACCCAUACACCACAGACUAUCCAGUCGUGCCUCCAAAACCUGACCCAAAGACUUGUACGAGACCAGAAGGCUUUCAGCUAGAGAGUUUGGUGAGACAUGAACGAGAACAGCAAAGGCUGAUGGAAGAAAGGGAGAGAACGGAGAGGGAAGAGGCCCAGAUGAGAAUCAUCAAAGCACAACCUAUACUGAAAGAGGAUCCUAUUCCUCUGCCGGAGAAGGAGCGGAAGCCUCUCACUGAAGUCCAGCAAUUUGCAUUGCACGUUGAUGAAAGGGCGGUUCAAAGAUCAGAAUUUGAUAAUAUGAUAAAAGAGAAAGAGAAGACUUACAAAAGGUUGAGAGAGGAGAACGAAUUCGCCCAAAAGAUCGAGGAAGAGAAAGCGCUGAAGCAAAUGAGGAGGACCAUGGUACCACACGCGCGGGCCCUCCCAAAGUUCGACCGACCAUUCCGUCCCCAGAAAUCGAUGAAGCAAGUGACCAAGCCGAAGUCGCCGCAGCUUCAGGUGGAUGAGAGGAGGGCAAGAAGGCACGCCUGUUCGUUUUCUUUUCUUGUCCUCGACGUCAAAAUCAUUCCCUAUCUUGCCGCUAGUAUGAUUCUUUCUCUGACCAUAUGUAACCCCCCCCCUCCCCCUAAUAACUGUAAUCUUGUCAGUCAACACAGCUGACAGACAGUGUAUGAUCCUGUAGGGAGGGCCAAAUAGGAUCGCUGAUUGCCGUGUGUAGACCAUGUGUGUUUGUGUAAUACCUGAGUUUUGGUGAAUGUAACGUGAGUGAUGUAAUACGAAAAUUAUAAAAGAAAUCACGUCACUGCCCCUUCCAAA